AUGAUCCCUGUUACUGGCUAUAAAGUAGAAGAAGAUUUCACUGUCUUUCUCCUGAAGACCCUCAUUGGACGUGUUGGUGAGGAAAACGAAAUUCAGAAGGUUCCCACGACAAAACUAAACCAAGACGUUCACAAGUGCUCCUGGCACCGGGACUGUGGUGUCUGCACUGCGUCACUGGCAGCUCUCACAGCAGCUGAGAUGUCACAUUCAGACACCCUCACCGGCACAGCAGACACGAAGGUGUUUGAAUGGCUCCAGCCCAUUUGCCCUGUUGAAAGCCGAUUUGGUGGCGCCCACAGUCAGGCUGAGUUCCCACUCCGAGCUCUGCAGUUUAAGAGAGGUCUGCUGCAUGAAUUCCGGAAAGGCAACACUUCCAAGGAGCAGGUUCACCUCCAUGACCUGGUACAGCAGCUCCCCAAAGCCAUUAUCAUUGGGGUGCGGAAAGGGGGCACUAGGGCCCUACUAGAGAUGCUGAACCUCCAUCCUGCAGUGGUCAAAGCUUCUCAAGAGAUCCACUUCUUCGACAAUGACGAGAACUAUGCUAAGGGCAUUGAGUGGUACAGGAAAAAGAUGCCUUUUUCCUACCCUCAGCAAAUCACAAUUGAAAAGAGCCCGGCCUAUUUCAUCACAGAGGAGGUUCCAGAAAGGAUUUACAAAAUGAACUCAUCCAUCAAGCUGUUGAUCAUUGUCAGGGAGCCGACCACACGAGCGAUUUCUGAUUACACUCAGGUGCUAGAGGGGAAGGAAAGGAAGAACAAAACAUACUAUAAGUUCGAGAAGCUAGCCAUAGACCCUAACACCUGCGAGGUGAACACGAAAUACAAAGCGGUUAGGACCAGCAUCUACACAAAACAUCUGGAGCGCUGGCUCAAGUACUUUCCAAUUGAACAGUUCCACGUCGUGGAUGGAGACCGCCUCAUCACUGAGCCUCUGCCUGAGCUACAGCUCGUGGAGAAGUUCUUAAACCUUCCUCCGAGGAUAAGUCAGUACAACUUGUAUUUCAAUGCUACCAGAGGGUUUUACUGUUUGCGGUUUAACAUUAUUUUUAAUAAGUGCCUGGCGGGCAGCAAGGGGCGCAUCCAUCCAGAGGUAGACCCCUCCGUCAUUACCAAAUUGCGCAAAUUCUUUCAUCCUUUUAAUCAAAAAUUUUACCAGAUCACUGGAAGGACAUUGAACUGGCCCUAAAAUAAUACAUUGUACAACACCAUGUGUUGUGCCCGGAGACACAUGGCAUCUCCUCUCAAUUAAAAUAUGCACUUUCCCAGACACAGCUCCCCAGUUCAUUUCUCCAUGAAUACUUGUACAUAUGCAGUGUGUGACCAAAUAUAAGAUCAAUUCUUUUUUUUUCUACUGAAACUUUACAAAAAAAUAAAUACUAAGUUGCUGCCUG